CUCCUUAUAGAUAUAACUGCGAAUGGCAUGCUCAGAGUCAUGAGACUCUACUUGUGUUAUUUGAAAAAGCUCAGUUCUUAAAUUUAUUCGAGUGUCACCACGAAUUUCUUUAUUUAAGAAUUAUUCAAAAGCCAUCUUCGUGUUUUGUGGUAAACUCAUAUUUCCAAAGCCUCACAGUAGAAGAUACUUUCUGAAAGUCUUCAAGAAGUAGGACCUAUCCAUUUGGUAGAAUUCUUGCUCUGAGACACUUCGUGGGCUAUGAGCUAGAUAAUUUAAAUACCAACAAAGCAUGGAGUUCUUAUAUUAGCGAUCCUUUUUGGAGCCAAACACUUCCAGCUUUUGCAACAAGCUGCUGACUUAUAGAUGUCAGAUUGGUGCUGUAGUGACUGAUACGGAGUCAGUUCUGCCUCCAUCCUGCAGACGAGUCUAGCUUUUAUCUUGGUGUACAAGUUGAUAGGUCAUUUCUAUGACAAAAUUUAGCAUGCUUAAAUAUCUUGCAGGAUCCAUAAAUUUAGGAUUACGCUAUUUCUGUGUUCUCUGUUGAUGUAUGUUGACGAGAAGAGCUCUCUCUAUUGAUUAGCUGGAAUGAAGACUUGAGAAUUAUGUCAAAGUAUUAUGUCAAGGCUGUAUGAGACUGAUUGGCAACAAUUUGUAAGCCUAAUUCAUCAACAAAUUUGCAUUUCCUAGGGUUCUAACUGUGCAAUAUUUAGAUCUGAUGAUUUAAUGAGAUCAGACAUCUUACUCAUCUUUAGAAAUAAACUAGUCUUGAAAAUGACAAGUUUAAAUUAAGCUCAGAGUAUUAUUUUUCCCUAAUAAAGUCUAGUUUGUGAUCAGAAAGGUUAUGAAUUCCAUGGAAAUCUCCCAACCCCACUUUAAAGCAAUCUAGCUCUUGUUGGUAUGUAUUGUAACUGUAUUCUAUUGAGAAUUACUAUGAAAGCUC